GAAUCGCUUCGCUUUGCCGUCUCCGAAGUAUUCCACUUAAUUUGUUCGCUUUAGUUUAAUGAAUUUGUCACAUAGUAUCUUGAUGACAGAGCCAAGAGCCAUGAAAUUCAUGCGACACUUACAUGGCAUUACAUGCCACACAGAGACUGCCGAGAGAGUCGCUACAAAGAGCUAAGUGACGGCUGGGCCUGCGCUCAGUGGCACUCGAGACUCGGAGCGAGCAGCACGCGCAUAGCCGUUCAGAAUGCAUCAACAUUGGGCCUUAAGUCUGGGCCUGUUGGGCGUCAUCUUUCAGCUGCUGGGCCAUGAGGCCACGCCCAACGCCUACGGCGACCAUUACUACAACAAUGCGAGUGUCAGGCAGCUGCGCUUCCACGACUUCGAGCCGCGCGAGGAGAGUGUGGCCAGAGACGAGGGCGAGAGGCGUCAGGCACGCGGCUUUCAUUUCAAUGCCAGCGGCGAGGAUGUCAGCGUCGAAAUGGAGUUCAUAAUUCCCAUGGUCAAGGUGCCCGUGAAGCGCAGCAUGCAGCUGGCCCGCGAUGCCGUCCAGGGUCUGCUCAAUCUGCGCACCACAGCGCUGCUCAACACGGCGCUAAUAGUGGCCGCCGGCGCGAUUAUAGCCGGAGUUGUACGUCUGGUGCUGGCGCCCCUGGUCUUUACCUCCAUCAGCAGUGCAAAUGGCUACGGUUAUAGCAAUGGCUAUGCCUACGGCUACAUGCGCAGCCUGGCACAGGUGCUGGAGUCACAGUUGGACGAGCACAGCAUCGAUGUCUCCGUCUGUGCACAACGCGCCAUUUGCCACUACUUGCAGCAGAAUGCGGCACAGCUGCAGCAGCCCAGUCCAAGCUGGCCAACAGCCGCCAGGCUCGUCGAUGUUCUCGCCCACUCCCGCUGGCUGGACACCUAUCUGAAUGGCACAGCCGUCUACAGCGCCAUUGAUGUGGCACGCAGCAGCCGCAGCUGUAGCCACGCCUACCGCAGCUGCAGCUGGCCCCAGCUCUCGGGCAGCCUCCUGCACAGAUCUUGGCCAACUAUGUUGCAGUACUUGAAGGGAUAUCGAUCUGCUUAGUUCUUUAGUUGUU